GUUUGCCUUUGCGAGUCCCGCGCGCAGUUGCUACCAUGGCCACCAACAGCAUGGGCAGCGUGUGCAACACGCCCAAGAGCCUCAGCCGCCUCACGCGCGCGUCCCGCGUCUCGGCCGUCCAGCUACCGAACGCCUCGUACGUCGAGGAAGACGACAUGGUCGUUGUCGCUGUCGCCGCGCCCGACAACCAAAACACGUUCAAGGCCUUCAUGUAUGGCCUCAUCAACGCCGCGCUCGUCGUGCCCGUGUGCAUGAGUUUCACGGCCAUCAUCUUCAGCAACCCAUUCUUCACACCAUUCAUGCCGACGCUCGUCAAGCUCGUGGGCCUCUCGAGCGCCGUGCACCAGAUCAUGUUUUCAUCACUCAGUUCGCUCCCGUUUGCAAUUGGCCAAGUCCAAGACGCAGGUCUCAUCUUCCUUUCCGCAAUGGCGUCUUCCGUGGUCUCGAUCUUGGCCGACGACCCGACGCUGCCGCCCGAGGCCGUCAUCGCGACGACGCUUGUGACUCUGAGCUCGGCCACCGCGCUUAUGGGUGUCGCACUCAUCAUGACGGGCAAGUACAAACUGGCGAGCUUGGUCCAGUACUUGCCGAUGCCCGUGAUUGGCGGGUACCUCUCGUACAUUGGUUUCUUUUGUAUGGAAGCCGGCCUCGGCCUCAUGGCCAACAAGGAGGUCAAGAACAUCAUGGAGUGGCCGCAGCUCUUCAACUACGACUCGGCGAUCCACAUCCUUCCGGGGCUGCUCUGCGGCGCCGCGCUUUUUAUUCUUUCGUCCAAGCUGCAGCACUUUCUCGUGAUGCCGCUCACGCUCACGUCCGUGUUGCUUGGCUUCUACACGUUCCUCUCCGUCACGGGUCUCUCGUUCGACGACGUUCGCGCCGGCGGCUGGGUCUCGUACCCGCCUGCUGUCACCGCCACGCCGCUCCAAGUCUUUGACCUUUUUGACUUUUCGCUUGUCCAAUGGCGCGCGAUUCCGCCCCAGUUCUUCACGUGGCUGGGCAUGUACUUCGUCGUUGCGUUCUCGUCGAGCUUGGACGUGGCGGCGAUUGAAAUGAACAUGGGCACCGAUCUCGACUACAACCACGAGCUCAAGACUGUCGGCUGGUCCAACACGGUCUCGGGUCUCUUUGGCGGCUUCACGGGCUCGUACAUCUUUUCGCAGACGAUCUUUACGCUCAAGAGCAACACCAACAGCCGCAUUCCCGGUAUUGUUGUGCUCAGCGCCGAGCUGCUCAUCUUUGUGCUGCCGAUUCCGCUCACGGCCUACAUCCCCAAGUUCUUCUUUGGCGGCCUCCUCACCUUGAUCGCGAUCGAUCUCAUGAUGGAAUGGCUGGUGCACGCCUCGUCCAAGCUGCGCUUCCGCGAAUACCUCCUCGUGCUCGCAACGUUCGUCUUGAUCAACCUCUUUGGGCUGGAGCAAGGCAUGAUUUUGGGGCUCAUCUGCGCCAUGACCAACUUUGUCUUCAGCUACGCCGAGGGUGUUUCGGUCGUCAAGACGCUGAGCCGGAGCCGUGUCCAGCGCAGCUACCAAGAGCGCCAGUUCCUCCGCGCGCACCAGGGCCAGAUCGUGACCCUCGAGCUGCAUGGCUAUUUCUUUUUUGGGUCGAGCAUCCGCCUCAUGGAGGUCAUCAAGAAGAGCAUUUACGUGGCGCACGCCAAGGCGACCGAGGCGACGCCGCUCCUGCUCAUGGAGGCUGCGACGCAAAGCAGCGUGUCGCACCCGCUCAAAGUGUGCACGCUCAAGGCCUUUGAAGAACGCAGUGGUGUCAAGUCGGCGAUCGACGAAGAGGCCGAAAUGACGAUGCUGCCGACGCGCUUCUUGCUCUUGGACUUUUCCCAUGUAUCAGGUAUCGACGCCACCGCGUCGCGGAGCUGCUUCACAGCGAUGAAGUCGCUGCUCGCCCGGCACAACAUUGCGCUCGCCUUUGCCCGCCUCUCGCCCGAGAUUGAGCGCCAGCUCCAGAUGAACGGUGUCCUCGACGACGACGACGACUCGACGAGCGACAUUCACAUCUACGCGUCCGCGGACGCAGGCCUCGAGGUGUUUGAGAACGUCCUCCUCAACGAGCGUCCGCCCGCGACGCCCAUCUCCCAGUCGCAAUCGCACAAUUUGUUCCAGAAGCCGCACCAGAUUGCCCGCCUCGCGUCGCCGACGCCGUCGAUCCACUCCGUCUUCCAAGACGCGCUGGACGCGUGGGAUGUGGCGAUCUCGCUCGAGAAGGUCUCUUUGUACUUUGAGCGCCGGGACGUGGACGGCCGAUCGAUUGUGUUUGCCGAGGGCGACGAAGCUGAGAGCGUCUUUGUCGUCGUCUCUGGCGAGCUUGAGAUCUUCCGGCCCGACCACGCACUCGACCGCAUCGUCAAGGUGAGCCACGGGUCGCUCGUCGGCGAAGUCGACUACUACUUGCACCAGCCGCGGUCGUACACAUGCCAGGCCGUGGCCAACUCGGUCAUUUACGAGAUCACCCGCGAGCGCAUGACCAAUAUGGUGCGGGACGACCCGACGCUCUGCACGGCGAUCCAAACCGCGUUCCUCAAGUGCAUGAGUCUCGGCGCGCACAACCACCUCUUUGUGCACCACCGCCUCGAUUAGACAACUAUCAACGUAUCAAGAGGACGAUGUUUAGUGUUGUAUAUCUUCCCACAGCGGCGUGUUUAAAC